UCAGACAAGGAAUCCUGUAGAAACCUAGCAAAUGGAAAAUGGACUUGUCAAGAACACUGAACACGUAGUCUCCAUUGCGAUGGAAGACAAUCCAACAUCAAGCCCAACACCACCGCAGAUCUCAAUGUGCACGACUAUCAGCACCGCCCACUCAAUACCUACACCUCCAACCCCAACCCAUAAACUCUCUCUCACCAUACACCCUCCUCCUGACCACGCACCUCACAACCCAGCUCAGUACCACCACCACCCACCACACCUUCCUUCACUUCGCGAAAGCCAUCGAGGCGAAGUUUUGAUAUUUCGUACAGCAGUGCAUUUGAAUGCCAUACCGGGAAUGCCGAUUUAGGAUGGGGAGAGGAAGGAAGCAGUUGGAUGCAAGGCGGUGUAAUGCAGAGUGUCAGUGGAAUGGGUAUAUUUGUUCUUUGCGGCUGGGUCACUGACGUCAGGGAAGUAUUAGUCGUCUUGAUGUCUGUGUCCAUGGUAUGGCCUAACCCGUUUACACCAAUACUCAAAUCAAUACGUCUUAAGACGGACCUUACUGCAUUGGCAGCAGAACUCCCUGCACACUAGGUCUUGGUUCAGGUUUCGACCUCAAAAUAAAUGAGACGUUAAGGACU